AUGGGGUCACGAAAAGUCAGACAUGACUAAACGACUAAACAACAUGUGCUGCCUCGGCACAUAUGGUUCCUACAUUUAACAUUUCUGACCCUCCUGUUUACUUAUAGAUCACCUGAUGUUACCUGAAUCCCCUAAAACAUUUUCUUAAUAUUAACCCCUCCGUGUCCCUUUGGAUAGGUGCCACCCCUUUCCUUAUGUAAUGCCAACUGCCAUCCUGGUUAUGAGAAGAAAAAGAAGGAGGGGAAGAAGUUUUGUUGUUAUGAUUGUGAUCCAUGUCCUCGUGGGAUGUUCUCAGAUGAGAAGGGGUUGGAAACCUGUGCCAGAUGUCCUGUGGAUCAAUAUCCAAAUGAAGAGCAGAAUGAGUGCAUUCCCAAGAAACCAAACGUCCUAGGCUUUGGUGAAACUUUGGCCAUGGUUUCAACUUUCUCUGCGCUUUUAUUCUCUCUGAUCACAGCUAUGGUACUUGGCCUUUUCAUUAAGCACCGGGACACUGCCAUCGUCAAAGCCAAUAACAGAAGCCUCACUUACAUUCUCCUCAUCUCCCUCCUCUUGUGUUUCCUGUGCUCCUUGAUGUUCAUUGGAAUGCCUAAUAAGGCAACCUGCCCACUCCGACAAACGGCUUUUGGCAUUGUCUUCUCUGUGGCCCUCUCUAGCAUCUUGGCCAAGACUAUUUCAGUGGUUUUGGCAUUCAUGGCUACCAAGCCAGAUUCCACAAUCAGGAAGUGGGUGGGCAAAAAACUGGCUUACUCCAUUGUCCUUUCCUGCUCUGUGAUUCAAGUAGGAAUCUGUGCCUUCUGGCUGGCAACCUCUGCCCCAUUCCCAGAUGUGGACAUGCACUCAAGCAGUGAAGAAAUUAUAUUCUUAUGUAACGAAGGGUCAGUUCUCAUGUUCUAUGGUGUUUUAGGCUACAUGGGCUUCCUGGCCAUUAUCAGCUUCACUGUGGCCUUCUUAGCCCGGAAGUUGCCGGACAGCUUCAAUGAAGCCAAGUUCAUCACCUUCAGCAUGCUGGUCUUUUGCAGUGUUUGGUUCUCCUUUAUUCCCACAUACUUGAGCACAAAAGGAAAAUACAUGGUGGCUGUGGAGAUCUUCUCUAUCUUGGCUUCCAGUGCUGGGCUGCUGGGUUGCAUCUUUUCCCCUAAAUGCUACAUUAUUGUGGUGAGGCCUGAGCUGAAUAACAGAGAGCAGCUGAUACGGAGAAAAGUGGUUAUGAGAAAGUUCUACCAACACAUCCUCGCCUUGGUGUUUGCUGUUGAUGAGAUCAAUGAGAAUCCCAAGAUCUUGCCCAAUUUCACUCUUGGAUUCCACAUGUAUGAUAGCUAUUUUGAUUCAAGGAUGACCUACCGAAACACUCUGGAUUUGCUCUUUAAUUCACAUCACUUUGUCCCCAACUACAUAUGUGGCAUUCAGAAAAAUGUAGUAGGAGUCAUUGGGGGACUUAAUUCUGACACCUCCUCAUCCAUGGCAGACAUCUUAGGUCUUUACAAGUUUCCACAGGUAGAAUAUGGGUUUUGA